UUUUCCAACACAUGUCUUUGAUAAAAUUAAAAUCACAACUAAAACGCCUUACAAACAAAAAUACAGCGUUUGUCGGUUUCCAAACACGGGAGAGCCGCCAAAAAAUUUCAUUGCAAUUAAUGGGUCUCGUAACACUAAACCGCUAAAGAAGUGAAGCUGCAGAUAUACAAACUACGUCGUUUUAUUGUUUUUGUUUUUUGAAAAAUGGCGCCACAUAAGUUCCAGAAUGCGAGAUCGGAUUCGCCGCCCUGUUCCAGUUCGGCUGCAAUAGCGAACCCUAGUAAUUCCCCGUGUAAUUUCGGAAACUCGCCGAUCUAUCCAAUGGAUCUACCCUCAUCGUCGGAGGAUAACGAAAGCUGUGAAUCAUUUAGCGUGCAAAACCAGACAUUCGCCCAGUUGAUCGACAAUUCUGAUGAAAAUUGCACUCAGCAGCCGCCUAAUCAAGACGAUUUUGAAUUGUCCAAAGAAUACGCAAAUGAUGAAGAUGCCAUUUUCGUCAGCGCAAAACAAUAUACGGAGAAGAAGGCGGAAAUCGAUCACCUGGUGAAGAAAAUGCUCAGCAUGGAGCUACUAAAGCGACAACUGGAAGAAAAUGGGUCAAAUAACGAGGAACUCAUCGAUUUAGGUGCGCGCCUGGAUAAGCUUAAUGUUCGCCUUGAGGCACUGGGCGAAUUUCUAGACACGCUGCGCGUGCGGGAGCAUCAGCCGGAGAACCAGAUUAAGGAGGAACCCGGGCUGGCAGAGCAGCCUCGCUGGUCCAAUUUGUAUUCCGGGCUAAACCGCUAUCGCCACCAAGCCAAACUCUCUUCCGCAGAGUUCUUCCAGCACAAGACCAAUAUCAUCGAAAGCCUUAAGACGCUUUAUGAACCCUCGGAGUCAAGUCACACAGAUGAUGACUUGGAGAAGCAGCCUGCCCAUCUGAUGGUUCGCCUCUUAAAACACCAGCAGGCUGGUCUAAAAUGGAUGCAGUUUCGUGAACGGCAGAGGAUUUCCGGCGGAAUCCUGGCUGAUGACAUGGGUCUGGGCAAGACUCUUAGUAUGAUUGCCCUGGUGCUGGCUUCACAGGAAGCUAAGCAGAAAAAAAGGUUAGACAAGCAGCGAGCCUUAGAAUCAAAGUGGACCGAAGAGUUUAAUCGCUUGAAGACCAAGAAAAUACGAAAAUUUCGUAUUUUUGAUGAUGAAGAGGAUUCUGCCGCGGAAGAAGAAAAGUACGAGCCUCCAGUAAAGCGCAAAUGCCAGGCGCCAGAAGAAAUAGUCUACAGUUCAGAUGAGGACGAUAACGUUCGCUAUCCUUCGGCCGGCACAUUAGUUGUGUGUCCAAUGAGUGUGAUGUGCCAGUGGGCCCAGGAAGUGUCUUCCAAAGUUGCACCGAAUGCCCUUAAAGUGCUAACUUUUCACGGUGUCAACCGCCGAGAAAUUUCGUUAGAGGUAUUUAGAAGCUAUGAUUUAGUUAUUACCUCAUAUCAUGUCGUGGUGAGCGAGAGCAAGAGGUUGGGCAAUAGUUCCCUGCUGUUUGCAGUACACUGGAGUCGGGUGAUCCUCGACGAGGCGCAUAUUAUUAGGAAUGUGAAGACCAGUUGCUGUUAUUCUGUCUGCCAGCUGCGAGCCCGUUGUCAUUGGGCUUUGACGGGGACGCCUGUGCAAAAUCUGGCCAUCGAUGUGUUGGCCCUCUUGCGAUUUAUGGAAGUACCCAACUUUCAGGACCUGCAGCAGUGGAAAAAGUACCUAAACGAGGGCAUGCAUGCCCAUCGUCGACUGAACUUUAUCAUCAAACCCCUAAUGUUGCGAAGAACUAAGCAACAGCUUCAGGAGUCGGGUGACAUGCCUGCGUUGCCCCCAAUAAAAAUCGAACUUAUUUGCGUGCAACUCUCGGAUCCCGAAAUGGCCGUUUACCAAAUUCUGUCGGCAAUCUCACAAAAGAUUUUCGCCCAGUACCUGCUACAACGCGAUAAGGGCAACAGUGAUUUAAAUUACUAUUCGCUAGAAAGCACACCGCAAUUCAUCAAGGACAGUUUCGACGUCAAGUACACGGAGAUUUACCACAGAUUCCUCAAAUCGCUUGGCUACAAUCCGGGAGCUAAGAUCAAGGGUAUCGUUAUUCUGGUACUACUAUUGCGCCUGCGGCAAUUCUGUUGCCAUCCCGGUCUAAUGCUGGGGAUGUUGUGUGGUUCCAUGACCGCUGAGGAUGUGCAAAGCGUGAGGGCUGACGUAUCAGAUGUGGAAAGCCAACUUAAGAUGGAUGUCCUUGCGGAGUUGAACAAGUAUGCUCCACCAACCAACGAAGAGGAUUCAUUUGACGAGGAAGAUGUUGUCAUAAAAAACCGAAAUGUCAAAUUGGAGGACACACAACAUACCACAGGAGCCAAAAAAUGCAAUAAGGAGGAAUAUAAGCCGUGGGAUACGGGUGACGAGCAGCCCACGUGCAGUUCUGCUGAUACGUUAGAUGCGACCAGAGCCCUCAAGCUGCUUAAUCCCGACAAUCCCAUUUUCGAAUUUGCUCGCCCCUCCGCUAAACUUUCGCUAGUUAUCGAAAAGCUGGAGGAGCUACUAAAUGGUACCAAUGACAAAAUAAUUGUUACAUCUCAGUGGCUCGGCUACCUGAGCAUCAUCCGGAAACGUUUACAGGAUCAGUCAUGGGAGACGCUUGAUUUUACUGGGCAGUUAAGCGCGAAAGAUCGUGAGCAGGUGUUGCGGGACUUUAACGAGAAUAACGACAAGCGCGUUCUUCUUCUCUCCCUCACCGCAGGCGGUGUAGGAUUGAAUCUCAACGUGGCCAACCACAUGCUGAUGGUUGACCUCCAUUGGAACCCGCAGCUGGAGCGACAGGCUCAGGAUCGUAUUUACCGAUACGGUCAGACGAAGCCAACCUUUAUUUACCGCUAUAUGUGUGAGGACACUGUGGAGCAGCGAAUCAAGGCGCUGCAGGACUACAAGCUAGAGAUAGCCAAAGUGGUGCUACCAAAAGAAGAGGGAGGAGUGUCCCCGCGCAGUGGCGGUGGUCUCAACCUCGCGGAGCUCAAGAAACUGUUCUCAAUGUGAGAACACAAAUAUUAUUUCGUUAUUUGGCAAAACAAAUUUGACUUUUGUACUUUGAAACCAAAAAAAUCGUGUUAGGUAUUAUGACCUUUUGUUUUUUUUUUAUUUAUAUUGAAGUUAGAGUAGCUUAUAAAACUAAAACUAACUAUGAAAGUUGCAGACCUUUUGUAUUAUCGUUAAUUAACCCCGACAUUGAAUAUGAGAUAAGUACCAUUACUGUGUUUACUUUAAUUUGAUAAGAACAAAAGUUUUCAAAACGUUGAACUAUGUUAUUAAUGACGCUUUUGGAAAACCAAUUCAAAUUCAAUUCAAAUACCAAGAGAAGGUUUGCUUCUUUCAGAUUUAAUCAUUUUUGCUUAAGAAGUUGUGUUAUGUGUAAUUUACUUUAACUCUAAAAGGUAUUUUGUACCUGGCUCACAGAAUGUAAUCUAAUGCAAGAAUUUGCGAAAGCGAAACACAUAUAUGUUAUUUUUAUCUUUGUGAAGUAAAAGAUAUUUAUUUCAA